GUCCAACAUCAUUCAAUAAGUUCGUCAUAGUGAAAUGAUUUUUGUAGAUUUGGAGAUUUAUAUAACUAAACCUAAAACAACCACAACAUUGGAGAUGACAUCAGGAGGACUUGAUGAUUCUGGAAGUUAUAUGAAUUCUUCUUAUCCUGAUACAACAAAUAGUCCUAUCACUGCAGUGGAAACAAAACCAGAUAACAGAGAACAAAUUCAAUGUCAAAACGAGACGUUUUCUAACAUAACAUGGAAUGCAACAAUCGCAGGAACAACUACAGAAGAAUCCUGUCCCGAAAAUCAGAAAGGAACAGCAACAAGAUAUUGUGACACUCGAGGUUUUUGGGAAAUGCCUAAUCUGAUUAAUUGUUCUAGUGAAGCUUUUGUGAACGCUUCAAAAGAGCUGGACGUUUUGUUAGAAAACGCUGUUAAUAACACAGAAAAAAUACAGAAAACAGUUGAUAACACUUUAAUGAUAAUGAAAAACCUGACCUCGGAGACAGAUGUACUGAGUGCCGGAGAUAUCAGCUCUUCUCUAGAUAUCCUGGAAAAGAUUGUCAACGUUACGAAUUUGACGAAUGUGAACAUAGAAAAAAAGGCUUUUUUUGAGGUCGUUGACAAUGUUCUAUCUACCAGUAAUACUAAAUCCUGGGCAACCGUGCAAGAAAAGACGGAGAAAGAUGGCAGCUCGCUUUUGAAGAAUAUGGACAGACUUGGUAAAGUUCUCAUGAAAAACGAUAACCUAACAGAAACAAAAUUCAGUGGCACAAAUUUUGAGUUGACAAUUAAUCGGACGAAGUUAGGUGAGACAGGGAUAAUUUUUCCCGAUAUAUCGUCAAAGGAUAGUAACAAAUCUGUCGAUGAAUAUGCUACGUUUCUUAAAUUGCCAAAACAAGCAAAUGAAUCCAAAACAGCUAUUACUUACGUUGCUGUUAUAUAUAAGACUAUUUCAGAGAUUUUAGACACAGAUUCAGAUUUAGACAGAGAACAAAAAUUGGAAAAAGUGACUGAAGAUAGGAGAGCGAAGGAGAAAAACGUUUUAAAUUCUGAAAUUUUGUCACUCACCACGCAGACAGAUUUGGGAGAUCUUUUCCCUCCUCUAAGUCUAAAUUUUCAACAUCUCAAGAACAAAAGUAAUAAGCUUCAAGCAUUUUGUGUAUCGUGGAGUUUUACAUUACACAAGUGGUCAGAAAAAGGCUGCAAGUUAAAUUCCACCAACAACAAGAGGACAAUCUGCCAUUGUAACCAUCUGACUAACUUUGCCAUUUUGAUGAGACCAUAUACAUCUGAGAAGGAAGACAAAGCUUCGCUGAAGACUUUAUCUUUCGUUGGUGUUAUUGUGUCCAUUGUCUUUACAGUUUUAACGUUUAUAAUUUUCAUCAUGACUUGGAAAUAUAUAAAGAAUGAUCAAAACAUCAUGUUAUUAAAUCUAUGUGGAUCCUUGGUUUUAUCAUAUGUUGCAUUUAUAUCGGCUGUGGAAGAAACAAACGAUGAGGUCUUAUGUACUGCAAUAACCGCCAUCAUCCAUUAUCUUUUCCUUGUGACGUUUUUCUGUAUGAUGGGGAUGGGUGUCUACUAUUUCAUGAGUAUAACAGUGACCUAUUAUUCAUUGUAUAUGGCGAACAAUUUCAAGUCAAAAUCAAGAGUGCACUGGUUUCUUUUGGGAGGAUGGGGCAUUCCAUUCAUCAUUGCGUCUUCAACGUUAGGGGCAUUCUGGGGAAAAAAAUACCACCUUGAAAACUACUGCUGGCUCUCCAUGGAAAGUGGAUCUCUUUAUCUAUUUGUCGUCCCAGUUUGCGUAAUUGCCAUGGUAAAUAUACUAAUAAUUGUAUCCUUAAUUCGCGUCUUGUUUGCAACAUCUACAAUGUUAAAGUCAUCACUUCAUAAAAAGGCUGCGUCAGGAUUGCGGUCUCUUGGUACACUUGUACCAGUUUUAGGAGUUACCUGGAUAUUUGGAGUUAUGGCAUUUAACGAAAGAGCAGAAGUAUUCCAGUUUAUUUUCAUCAUCGCCAAUUCUUUACAGGGCUUUUUCAUAUUUUUCUCGCAUGUAGUGUUAAAUAAAAAGCUAAUUAAAGGUCUCAAGACACAGUAUCCUUCCCUGAGUGGACUAAGUAUGUUUACUGAGUCACGCAAAAAGGAACCAACCGCUGUAUCACGGACACAGUCGUCUGCAUCUGAUCGUCCCAUGGUGAAAUCCAAGAAAAAAGGAAUACUAUCCAUUUUUGAAACAUCUUCCGACAAGCAGAUAUCAAAAACCAAAAAAGCAGUAAAAUCAGACUCGUUGUUGACCGAGAAAACCGAGUGCACUGAUUACUCAUGUGUUGCUCCACAUGAAAAGAUUUGCUUGAUGCUGUCUGAGAAGUCACCAAAAGAAACGGAGACAAAGUUUGAAUGAAACGUUGUCAAAAAAGCAAUAUUUUCAUAUUAAAUGUUAGGAAAUCUUGAAAACGGUAGACAGGAAUGUUAACGAUAACAAACCUUCUUUAAUGAAAUUUACUUAUUUUUUCAAAAUUUAUUUAAAAUUCUUCAGCUCUGCAAUUGUCCUUGUUUGUACAUUAAAUAUAGGAUAACAUUCAUGAACGGUUAUAUUUGUAAGUAAGAUCACUGAAAAAACUAGUAAGCAGUUCACCUUCUUCUUUCGAAAGAAAAUGAAAAAAUAGCAUAAUGUUUAUGACGACAUUUAUGUAGUUUGUUCAUUUUCAUUUGAAAACUGUAUAAUUUCCACGUAGCACUGCGUCAUCGUCACAGUUCAUAUUACAUGCUUUAAUCUUUUACUGAAAUGCAUUAUGCACAUAGGGUCCUUUCUACAUAUGGCAUGCAGUAUUAUAAUUGUACUUUUAAGAUAUAUUUAUAAUGUAUAUAUCCUUUCUAUUAUAGUGUAUUAUUUUAGCUGUUCAGGAAUAUAUUUUGUCGCACU